AUGGCAUCAAAGCCAGGGCCGGCAGCACAGCGGUUCACUAUCGGUCAGAGAGUCUUGCUGGAUACUCGGAACCUUGGAGGGUACUCCAAGUGGUCAGACAAGUUUACAGGGCCAUUCACAGUGUCGGCAGUGGUGGGCAAUCGGGCUUACCGCCUGGAGCUUCCAGUAGAAUGGAAGGUUCAUGAUGUCUUUCACGAGAUGUUGCUGCGACCCUAUCGUGAGGACCCAGACCCCACCCGAAAACAGAAUACACGAAAGCGACUGGCAACACCCGAGCCACAGGAGGCAUUGGCAGACAAGAACUUCCAGCCAACCUCGAACAUACGACCCCAUACGCGAAGUCAAGGCCCAGCGAUCGAUAAUGACCGGGCUCAUAAACGACAACGGAACAGGCGAGACUAA